UGCCCCGGCUCAGCGGGGCGCGUGCUGCUCCUCAUUCAUUCACCAAUUCAAAUUAGCACAUCGGCGCGUGCAGUCUGAACAAUGGAGAUCAAAAGGCAGAGCGCGAGAUGACUGCGCGUACCCGCUCUGCGCGCGCCCUCACAGCUGUACCCACCUACUGGCGCCGUUGUCAUGGUGACCCAGAUACCCGCCUGAACGGGUAUGUGUGUGCACGAGCGGGAGGAAGGAGGGAGGAAAGGAAGGUAUGAAGGAAGGAGGGAGGGGAAUUAGUCAGUGAAAGAGGAGGAGAAGAAGGAGGAGGAGGAGAGGGUGUUCUGCCGAGGUGGACGUGGCGGGUCCGGAGGACUGAGCUACCGCAGCUGAGGGGAAGCCGAACCGAACCGAGCAGAACCAGGAUAGCGGACCAUGAAGCGGGUCACCCGCAGGCUGGUUCCAGUCAGGUGACGGCGUUGACGUCUCGGACCUUCUCCUCAUCGUCUCUGGUUCCUCUCAGGUCGACCCCUCACCCCCCAUCAGGACCGCCCCCCCCAGCAGCCGUGGGGAGAGGAGGAGGAGAGGAAGAGGCGUGGCUUGUUGCCUCGGCGACUCUUCAGGCGUAAGUACGGAGAGCGGUGAGGAGGAUUGGCUCCGCCCCUCCACAUGUCGGACUUGGAGGCAGAGUGUCUGGGCCUCGGCCUGCCGCCGGACUGCGGCUCCCCCCCUCUGCCUCUGGACGGCGCCGCCCCCCCCACACCCACGCUGGCGCUGCUGUCGUCAGACUGCCCCACGCCCACGCUCAGCUCACUGGCGGCGGAGAUCGCCGAGCCGCUGGUGAUGCUGCCGUGCGUAAAGAGCGAGCCGGAGGACGGCGACCUGGAGCCCAUCCGGACCGUGGACCUGUCGGAGAUCCAGCCGCUGUCCACCGCCGAGCUGGGCCACGACCAGAUCAAGAUGGAGAUCAGCGGCCUCGACUACAUCAAGUCCGAGCACCACGGUCACCAUGACAACCACCAGCUGGCGUUCCACCACGGCGACGCGUCGGAGCUGGACUACAAGUCGCACUACGAGCCCUGCUCUGUGUUCGACUACAUCUCCCAGGUCACCGACACCCUGGAGUACAUCAAGUCGGACCACGCCGUGGACCUGCACUGCUACUACAGCGCCGAGCUGGGCGCGCUGAAGUCCGAGUACCCGGAUGCCGGCGCCGUGUCGGCCCACCUGCACCACAACGGCCUGGAGUCCAUCCACAUGGCCGAGCUGCGCACCGAGCUCAACAAGCUGCGGCCCGACGCCCUGCUGCUAGAUGGGCUGGGCAAACCCGACCCCGACUUUGGAGAGGGCACGCUGUACGAACUGCAGCCCGCGGCGGACGGGGCGGGCCGGGCGGGCCAGGCCGGCGCCGGCCUGGGUCUGCUCAUCACCACCAAGACCCGGCCGUUCUGCUGCCAGCACUGUGGCAAGAGCUUCACCAAGGAGACCAGCUACCGCAACCACAUCCAGAUCCACACAGGCGAGAAGCCCUUCUCCUGCUCACAGUGCGGGAAGACUUUCAGCAACUCAGGCGUCCUGAAGACCCACGAGAAGAUCCACACGGGGGAGCGCCCGUUCGGCUGCACGCAGUGCGGCAAGAGCUUCGGCCGGCUGGGCCACCUGAAGGCGCACCAGCAGAUCCACACGGGCGAGCGGCCGUACGCCUGCCCCCGCUGCGCCAAGACUUUCAGCCAGUCGGGCCACCUGAAGGCGCACGAGCAGAUCCACAAGCGGGAGCGGGCCGACACGGCCAGCACCAGCAGCGACGGCGGCAGCAGCGCCGUGAGCAGCGACAGCAGCUAAAGCCGACCUUUAACCUCCGGAGAGUCAAAGUAUUAUUCCUGUUUUUAUACAAGCGCUAUAUAAAGGUUUCUUUAUGACUUUUCUUA